AUAAAGCAGUUGUGUUUUUCUGAAGAUAUAUUCCCUGCGACAUAUCACUACCGAAAACUACGCAUAAAAUUUUGAUGCGCCUACCGAAAACCGCCAACAUAAUCUGGCCACACUGCUGUCAACGCGUGAAGGCAUCUUGGCGCUAUUCCGCAAUUGUUUCGUGACUUUUCCUGUAGCAACAACGGCCGCGAACUGUGAGUGAAUGCACAAUGUCCACGAUAAAUAAGCUUGAAAUACGUGGAAUACGCAGUUUUGGAGUGGACCGUGCCGAUGUGCAGCAAAUCAAUUUCCGCUCCCCGCUCACGCUGAUCGUGGGCCAGAACGGUUGCGGCAAGACCACCAUCAUCGAAUGCCUGAAGUACGGGCUGACGGGAGAGGUGCCGCCGGGCACGAACCGGGGCGUCGGCUUCGUGCACGAUCCCAAGAUAUUCAACACCGUGGAGAGCUUGGGGCAGGUGAAGCUGAUGGUGAAGGAUUUUACCGGCAACACGGUGACGGCGAUCCGGUCGAUGAAAAUCACGCACAAGGGCAAGAACCCCAAGUUCGAAACGAUGGACUCGACCAUCACGAUGGAGAACGCCCAGACGAAGGAGAAGGUCACGAUGACGCGGUCGCGCGUCACCGACAUCAACAACGAGAUGUGCGACGCGAUGGGCGUCUCGAAGGCCAUCCUGAACAAUGUGAUAUUCUGCCACCAGGAGGACUCCUGCUGGCCGCUGGAGGAGCCGAAGGAGCUGAAGAAAAAGUUCGACGCCAUCUUCGGGACGACCGAGUACAACCGGGUGAUCGAUAAGCUGAUCAAGAUCAGCAAGGAGUACAACGAGAAGCUGAAGGAGAAGCAGGGCGACCUGAAGCUGCUGCAGAACGUGAAGGCGCAGGCGGAAACGAAGCAGCUGCAGCUGGAGGACGGCGAGCGGAAUAUGGCAAGGCUGACGCAAAUGAUCGGCGAGCUGGAGGAGGACAUCCGGCCGAUUCAGAGCAAGCUGGAGCAGCUGGCCCUGGUCGAGCGGCAGUACUCGUCGCUGCUAGCGAAGAAGAUUGAGUUUAACUCCAAGAUAAAGAGCAAGCACGAGCAAAGCCAACAGCUCCGUUCGAAGAUAAACAAACUGUUUGAAGGAUCGUUGCCCGAGCUGGAGAUGGAAGUGCGAAUCUUUCAGCAAACGUCCGCCUCGAAGCGGUCCGAGCUGGAGGACGAAGAAGCGGAGCUGCAGCGCCUCAAACUGCAGGACCGUUCCCUGCAAAGCAAGCUGCAGUCAAUCGAUGGGCAAAAGAUUGAGCUCGCCGAAAAGCAGAAACGCGAACGGGAGCUUCAGAUCGAGCGAGGCAAAAAGAUUCGGGCGCUUGGCGAUAAGCUUUCGCUCUCGCUGGUCGACGAUUACGGUGCUGCUUCGGUCAGUGCCAGCGUAGUAGAGGCUGCCCUCGGCUCGAUCCGCAAUGCGCUCAAAGCGCAAGAAGCGACGGUCCAAUCGAAGGGCAAGGCCUUUGAAGAGGAAGACGCACAGGCACAGAAGCGCAUCGACAAGUUGCGCGAAACGAAAGCCACGCUGGAGAGCGACUGCACCUCCAAGCGCAAGCAGAUCGAGCAGCUGGACCGUGAAAAGCUGCAGACGGCUCGCGAAGUGGCCGAAAUCGAGCGAUCGGCCGAAACGCUGAAGCGACUGAUCGAUGAAAUCGAUCGGCUCGAGCAAGAGUACGAAACGCAGGUCACUGCUGCGGAUCUGCCCGCGAAGCGCAAGGAGCUGGCGGAAAGGAAGUUGCUGCGCGAUCAGCUGCAGGAUCAGCUGGACAAGCUGGACGAGCGCAUCAGCUCGCUCGAUGCGGUGGCCAUGAAGGAGCAGGAGCUGACACUGAAGGAGCAGCAGUGCACCGGGCGGGAGGCUGAGCUGCGCCGGCUGCGCAACAAGCAUGGCGACAGCUUGCGGCGCCUCUUUCCCGACCGCACAAUCGAGUCGAACUACAAGAGCAAUCUGCAAAACCUGUACGACGAGCUGCAAAAGGAGGUGAAAACUGUGAAUGAAAAGGUGCGCCGCUCGCAGGCCACGGUGACGGAGAUGGAAACGACCCGCAAAAGCCAGAAGCAGCAGCUCGAUCGGCUGGAGCGUGAGUUGGCCGACGCAGAGGAGAAAAUAUACAGCGCCUGCCGGGGCAACGCGUACGAGGAGGUGCUGGCCAAGCUGAACGAAAAGAUACAGAAAAACAACAUGGAGCACGGCGAGGCACGGUCGGCCGUCGUGCUGUACCAAAAGUUCAUUGCCAACAUCGAAAACGAUCGCUGCUGUCCGGUGUGCGAAAAGGGGCUGGAGAGUGAGGACGCGCACGAGGUGAGCGGCAAGCUGGGGGAUGAGAUUCGACGGCUGCCGGAGAAGAUUGAAACGCUCGAGCGGACGCUCAAGAAGGAUCGGGCCGAUUACGACAAGCUGCUCGCACUGAAACCGAUCUCGGAGCGGUUGGAAAAGCAAAGGAAGGAACUGCCCCAGCUGAAACAGCAGCUGCAGGAUACGGAGAAACGGCUCAGCACCGCAUCGGACGAGCUGGAAGAGUACCAGCUGGCGGUGUCGGAACCGACGGCAAACAUGCAGCUGAUCAAUGCGAUUGUCGGCGACAUGAGCGUGCUGGACAAGCUGGGCAGCGAGCUGGAGCGCAUGAAACGUGGCGUAGAGGAGCUGCGUGCCCAGCUGGGGCCGAACAUGGCCGAGGGCGUUACCAUCGAGUCGCUCAAAUCGGAACGGGAAGCUUUGCGCGCCAAGUUUAAAACGGAGCGAAAGCUCACCGACGAGCUGCAGAACACGAUCGAUACUAAAACGGAAAAGCUGAACAAUCUGCAGGCUCGCAACAAUCAGAUGAAGUCGAAAAAGCUGAAGCUACAGGAAUCGGUCCAAUCGUUGGAGCAGAAGCGCGCGUCCGUCAACGAGCUGGGUGCAAAAAUUGUCACCCUGGAGGAGGAAUUUAAAGACGCCGAACGGCGACUCACCCCGGUGCGGCAGCAGCUGCAGCAGGAGCUAGAGCAGAAGCAACGCUCCAAGGAGCAAAACAACAAAGAGCUGCAGCGGUUGCGCAAAGGGCUUGAGGAGCUGCGCUGGGAGGAAACGGCAAUCGUACGGCUGAGCGGCGAGCUGGACGAUCUGGCCGCACUCAAUUUGGGCGUCGAGCUGAGCCGACUGCAGGCGAAACGAGAACAAGCGCAGCAAGAGCAAGACCAGCUAAAGCGCACGAUGGACGGCAAGGCGAAAAGCAUCGAAAAGCUGCGGCAAGACAUCGCCAAUCAGCAUCUGCAGGAGCGGGAUCUGCUGGACAAUCGCGAUCUGAAGCGUUUGAUGCGCGAAACGGCCGACUUGGAGGCGGAACUAGCCGCGCUGGUCAAGAGCAUGGGCGAGAUGGAGGUGUGCAGUGUGCAGAAGGAGCGCGAUCGGCUCAUUGAUCUGCGCGAUGAGCUGCAGGCCCGCCGGAGCGAACUGAACGGCCAGGUCGGCGAGCUGCAGCGGCAGCUGAACGAGCUGCGCAAGGAGCUGAAUCGCAGCGAGUUCCGCAACGCUGUCCGCAACUACGUCACGACGCUGACCGAAUCGAUCGUGCAGCGGAAGAUCAUCAGCGACAUCAAGAAGUACCGGGACGCGCUGGAAAGUGCACUGCGCGAGUACCACACGGAGAAGAUGCAGGAGAUCAACCGGACCAUCUUUUCGCUGUGGCGCGAUAUCUAUCGCGGGAACGACAUCGACUACAUACGCAUCAACACGGUGGACGAUGGGGUGGCGGAGCGGUCGGACAAGCGCCGUGCCUACACGUACGGCGUGGUGCAGGCGAAGAACGAUGUGGAGAUCGAUAUGCGUGGCCGCUGCAGUGCCGGACAGAAGGUGCUGGCCUCGCUCAUCAUACGGCUGGCGCUGGCGGAAACGUUCAGCAGCAACUGUGGCGUGAUGGCGCUGGACGAACCGACCACUAACCUGGACCGGGACAACAUCGACUCGCUGUGUGAAUCGUUGCGUCGCAUCGUGUCGGAGCGGGAAGGGGGCCACUUUCUGCUGAUCGUCAUCACUCACGACGAGGAGUUUGUGACCAAGCUGGAAAAGUUUGAAAACUACUAUCGCAUUUCGCGCAACAGCGAAGGCAAAUCGGUGAUUAAAGAGGAGCAACUUUAAAUUCCAUGCCAUAUUCCAUUUUUGCAUUGCACGUAUGUAUUAUUCUCAUUUUUCGUUAUUGUCUUGGUAUGUUAUCAUAUUCAGUUUAUUAAUAAAACAUACGAUGCUGUUUGGAUAAAGAGA